AUGUCGAAUAAUCCAUCGUUCGACGAAAUAGCUCCUGAUUCGGUAUCCCCGGGGAGUACUCACACUGGAAGAGGAGAUCAACUACUGCCUAUUGACACGGUUAUUGCCUUGCAUGAUUUUCAAGGGACUCAGGAGUCACAUUUAUCAUUGACUUUGGGCGAUACUGUAUACGUCCUAGCCACAUCUGCCACGGGUUGGUGGGAUGGGGUGAUUUUUGACAAUGACGGAGAGGCACGCAGAGGAUGGUUUCCAAACACCUAUGUCAGAUCUGUCAACUAUGUUCAGCCAGUACUCAAGAAGAUGAAAGAUAACAAAGAAUUGGAUUCAAUAACGGCCGCCAACACUGCAGCAAAUGUCUUGAUUCCUUCAUUCACAAGCCUUUUGCAAAAAAAUCUAUUGGAAUCGGAGAAGAACUCUCCUUCAAGUGCUACUCGUAAAAACUCAGUUGUUAGUUUCGCCAGCUCGGAGACUAGUAUUCCGUCUGAUUCAAAGCCCGCAGGCCAGCAGUCACAGGGUAGUGGUGGUGGAGGAGGAGGAGACAUCAACUCAGAAACAGAGUCUAUACCAAAUCGUCCCUCGUAUAGUCAAAACUUGAGUCAAGAGACGCAGACUACUCGAAGUGAUAUCAGCUCCUUGCAAAAACUUCAUCUACCCUCCUUGAAUUCCUUGGAGGAACCAGCUCUAACAAGCUUAGAGGAAGCAGAGUAUUUAUCAGAGGAAUACAGAACUAGGAAUAACAAGACCGUGUCUUGGUUACCACGCUCAACCACGUCGGGAGAUUUUGUAUUUUAUUGCCAACAAUUGAAUAUUUACUGCGAAUCGUUGCCGUUGUUGUCGUUUGAUCCAUCGGGGUUCCCUCCAAAUUUGGAGUUCCCGGAUGCUGAGAGCAUUGAGAAUGUCUUGCCGGUAGAUUUGACGAGCGCUCAGAAAGCAAGUCAUUUGUUAACCUUGAGGGAGAAUUCAAUUGUUCCUUCUUUUGACUCGGUAAAGAGGGAUUCCAACUCAUCAUUGAGUACCCAAAGCACAAAUGCAUCAUAUCACAAUUUCAGCAAACCACUUUUUGCUAUAGAAGGGUUGUUUUACGAACAUGGAUCAGAUGUAACCAAGUGGUCUAUUAUGAGACAAGAGAUUGAGUCAUCGCUUGAUUUACUAUUAAAAUCGCUCUUGAAGCCAACUAGGGCGGUGUUUGACGUGCACUACUCUCGGUUGAACAAAUUGAUCGCCUUGAUUUGUGCGUCGUCACGACUUGAUCAGGAAGAUUAUGUGAAUGGUCAAUAUGAGAGUGCGAUUAGAAAGAAGCUUUGGAAAAUUUGCCACACAAUGUCCCAUUUAUAUUUGAGCAGUGUUUUGUAUUUGAACGAAUUUGAGAAUGGUGAUGCUGCUCUGGAUAUGGUGAAACUCCACUCAAUGACCUCCAUCCCAGAAGGGCAAAAUGUCUUGCAAAAUCCACGAGCCCAACAAGGGCCCACAAACCUGACUAGUCACUUACACCCUAAUGAUCUUGAAAACUCGAUAUUGAAGAGUAUACAAUCCGAUGUGGCGUAUUUAAAGCAACUCGCAAAUAGCUUUAUCGACAUUUUCAUGCAGUUGACUGAGGAUAAAAUUGUGCAGGCAAGGGACUAUGACUCUUCUGAUAUAUCCGAUGAUGAAGGUGUGGAACGGGCUGACGUAUUGCCCCAGACAUUACCCAGAUUCCUCUUGGGAGAGUUUAAUGGAGGUAACUGGUGUAAUCCAUUCUUUGUUCCGAAAAACAACUUUUUAAAUGCAAGUGGAAAUGAACUCAAGAACAAGCACCACACCAAAGUCUUGCUAGAUCACCAAGUGUUGGAGUCUGUGUCUCGUUACCUGGCGGAAAUGAUUAAACUUGGUGAGGAAGCUUGUAACAAACUUGAAUCCGAUGGACAGCAGCACGAUGGUGAUAAGGAGGGUUUCGUAGAGGAGCGAAACUCUCAAGUUUUGCGUCUAAUCUACAAAUUCCUCCACCACUCAAGUUCGUUGAUUGAUCUUAUGGAGUCGUUUGAUUUUACUGUUUUUUGUUUGGUGAAAACACAUGAGUACAAGACAGGGAGUGAUCUCAAGAAAAUGAACAAAUCUUUCAAUGCAUUGUCGUUGCAAGGUCAACAUAACAGCACUGAUCUCAAUUUAAUGUUUGAUUAUCCGAUUGUGUUGGAUUUUUUUCAAUUCAAACAAGAGUUUCACAUUUUGGUCCUGCAUGUUAUCAUGGCAACCCAAUCACUAUCGAUUGGCCAUGUUGGUCCAUUGUAUAAAGAUUUGGAUAACGACCAUUAUUUGUUUUAUGACAGAGAAAUCUUGAAAAAUGAUAAUGAAAAAACAGCCAUGCUAUUAUCUGCUGUUCUUCUUGGACGUGCAGAGAAGAUGUAUGGUGACGGAACCGCUGAUUCUGAGGAUGUCUUGUUGGACUUGUUACAAGAUAGUGUUGGUGCGUGUACCAGUGUUGUUGAGAUUACGCAAAAGUUGAUUGAAGAACGGGAAACCAUUUUGAACUAUGCUACUCGAGUCAUGCACAAUGAGUUUGAUGUGCAGUUGUUGUUGAUGGAAAGAAACAAUACGUUGUCGUCAGAGAGGCUGGAAGAGCACUCGUACUAUAGUGGAGGUCAAAUGAGUGCAAAAGAUGGUCCGUGGUAUUUACAAGGUGAUUACGAAAGUGACUUGCUUUUGGAUGUAAAAGGUAAUAUCAAGGGAGGGACAAAGGAGGCAUUGAUUGCUCAUUUGACGCAUCACGACAUGUUUGAUAGUCAGUUCAAUACAGCGUUCUUGUUGACAUUUGCAACCAUGAUGCCGUUGGGAGAGUUGAUAAGAUUAUUGAUUGAGCGGUUCAAUAUUGAGCCUCCGGAAGGGCUAGGAUUUGAGGAAUAUAAUAAUUGGAUUGUACGGAAACAGAAUCCAAUCAGGCUUCGAGUGAUGAAUAUAAUGAAGUUGUUGAUUGAAAAGAAUUGGUCGUCGUCGUAUUUCAACGAAUCUGCAAUCAAGAGAUGGUUAAAUUUCGCUGAAUCUGAAGCUGUCCAGUCGUUUUCUAUUGGGCGUUUGUUGCUGAAUGAAAUAAAGAAUCUCUUGGCCGGUAAGAUUUACACAGUUGAGAGACAUCCUGUAUUUCCCAAUCUGAAACCACCAGCGCCACUAAUAAAAGGUUCCACUUUUGUGAAAAAGACCAAGUUGUUGGACAUUGACUACGUUGAGCUUGCUAGGCAAUUGACAUUGAAGGAGUUUAGGAUGUAUUGUGACAUUUCCAAGUUUGCAUGCAUAGCCAAAGUAUGGGGGAAAAAAUCGGGCUUGAAUGAAAAUAUUGAGAGUAUAACGAAAUUUAUCAAGUAUUCCAACCAAUUGACAAACUUUGUUGCCUAUAUGAUUUUGAGGAAAUCCGAUCCCAAGAAGCGUGUUCAAAUCAUACGUUACUUUAUUCAGGUUGCUGAAAAGUGUCGUCAGUAUAAUAAUUUUUCAUCCAUGACGGCGAUCAUAUCGGCGCUUUAUUCUUCACCCAUACACCGGUUGAAAAAGACGUGGAAUUUCGCCAGUGCCGACUCAUUGGCAUUGCUUAAGAACAUGAACAAGUUGAUGAAUUCGAGUCGUAAUUUCAAUGAGUAUCGUGAUGUGUUGAAGUUUAUUGGGUCUGAACCUUGUGUCCCAUUUUUUGGGGUUUUCUUAUCUGAUUUGACAUUUGUGUUUCAUGGGAAUCCCGAUCACUUGUUGAAUAGAACUAGGAUGAUUAAUUUUGCCAAGAGAGCAAAAACUUGUGAUAUUGUUUCUGGUAUUGAUCGGUUCAAGAAUGCUGGGUAUAACUUCUUGGAAGUGGUUGAUAUACAAAAAUAUUUGGAGGUGUGGUUUGACAAGUGUCCUUCUAUAGAAGAGCAAUACCAGUUAUCGUUGGCGUUGGAAAAGAAGAAUUGA